AUGUUGGUGGAAUUAGGAAUCCAAUCUGUGGAGAUCCUGGGAGAUUCCAUGCUUGUCUUGAGACAAAUUGCUGGAGAAUACAAGUGCUUGAGUCCUUGUUUAGCUGUCUAUCUAGUGGCAGCUAGAAACCUUCUGACAGAAUUUAGAGAAGCUACUUGGGAGCACAUCCCAAGGGAAGAAAACUUUGCAGCAAAUGAAUUGGCUCAGGUGACAACAGGUAUACAAAUGCCUGAAGACUAUGUGAACAGAUCAUCAAGAGGGAUGGGAAUAGACGUCAAUUCUGCCAUAAUCACUGAAGAUGAUUGGAGAAAUCCUAUCAUAAAUUACUUGCAAUAUCCAACCCUGCCCUCUGAAAAGAAAGUCAGAAUCAUGGCUUUAAACUACCUUAUGUUGAAUGGAGAUUUGGUCCGAAAGAGCAAGGAUGAGGUACUUUUAAGGUGCCUUGGAAAGAAAGAAUACAUGAAAGUCAUGGGGAGAAACUCAUGA